AUGGGAGCCUUCGGUGACGUUUGGCAAGUGAUGAAGAUCUACUGGUCGCUGUUGUUGGGUAAUGUUUUGGAAUGGUACGAAUUCGCGGUCGAUGGUUUCUUGGCACCCUAUUUCCAGAGCAACUUCUUCGCGGGUUCCGCCAUCAGCACCUGGUUGGGCUUCGCAUCCACCUUCCUGGCGCGGCCCUUCGGGGGCAUUGUUUUGGGAGUGCUUGGAGACCUCUUUGGACGGAAGGUCUCUACAUUUCUGUCCAUCUUCGGAAUGUUGAUCGGAACUGUAGGACAAGGGCUGGUUCCAACCUCUCACAGUGGUCCAAUCGCAGGGACCAUUGGUGUAGUACUACUUGUUGCACUCCGCAUUUUGCAAGGCAUCUGUACUGGUGGAGAAAUAGCGGCCGUGUCCACCUACAUCACGGAAGUUGGGCCGAAACGAUCACUGGCCAGAUCCAUGGUUCUCAUCGGCAUCACCUGCAACGUGGGCUUCUUGCUGGCUCAGUUUGCAAGCUAUGCAGCGUUGAAGAUUCUAGGGGAAGAGACCAUGGUCAGUUGGGGCUGGCGGAUUCCUUUCUUUUUGGCGCUUCUUCCAGGGGUCAUUGCUGCAUCUGGUAGGAGAUGCAUACCGGAAAGCCGCAGUUUCCUGGAGGCGCAAGCGAAUACUGCGGAGACUCAGGCGGGAGCUCCUCGUUCUGCACUUCGAGACGCUGCCAGCAAGAUCAAGUCACUUUUCAGGUUUCACCGACCUGCGCUUUUAGUUGGUAUCAUGUCAGUUGCAGCGAUUGCGGUGUUGCAAUAUGGCGCACUGGCAUGGUGUUAUGUGCUUCUUCGAAAAGAAGGUGCCUCAAGUUCGAGCUUGAUUGCGGCUGGAGUGGUGGCCCGUGGUCUCGCCAUUGUGCUGGCUCCCGUGGCCGGCGCCAUUGCGGAUGUCCAGGGCGUGGCCUGGCUCCAACUCCUUGGAGCUUUAAUGUUGGCCAUUGCAGGCAUCCCAAAUUUCCUGGCCAUGCAAAGCAAUGCUCAGAGCAAUGAAGCAGUGGUUGUCUUCUAUGGAGUUGGUUAUGGCAUCAUAUUGGCCUUCACUGGCAUGGUCUAUUUCUUGUAUGUGGUGGAGUUAUUUCCAGUGGAGAUUCGUAACGUUGGUGUUGGGAUGAGCUACAACAUUGGCUUCUGCAUCUUUGGCGGCUUCGCUCCCCUGAUCUGUGAAGCUUCGCAUGAUGUGGCCCCAUGGGCUCCGGGCUGCUUUUUUUCGGUGGCUGGAGUGAUCACCGCCUCAACUGUGCUGCUGAGCUUGCGCCUCCAAAGUCGAGGGGUUCUUUGCUUGGCACACAUCAGAGCAGAUCCAUACUUCGAAGCUUCUUCCUGCAAGUCAAAGGUGACACGCGACUCUGCAAAAGACCAGUCCGUGAAGAAAGGAGGAGAGGAAGAUGCACAGGCCACAGAACAGGCCAAGUGCAAGAAAGGAGAACUGACAGAAAUGACAGAGGAGAAUUUUCAAACAGUACUAUAG